AUGCCAUUCCCUGGAGGAUGGCAAGGUUAUUCACCAGCGGCAUAUGCGUCAGGCAACGAUCUGGGGUUCGACUUCUUCGACUUUAGUCCCCCUCGGCAUCCGCAGAUGGGGACGACCCCGAUCUCCGAACCCCCGAACAGCAGCCAAGACCCAGAAGUUGAGUUUCAAGACGAAUCCCGAGAUAUUGCAUCGGAGUAUCAAGGCGGCCUUGGUCGUUAUGCUCCAUACGAUUCAAGGCCUGAAGAAGAUCAUGAUGCCGCAAAAAAGGCAAUACUCUUAGCGGAAGCAAGCAGCACACGAGACGUUGACACUUCGAUUGAGAGACAUCAGUUCAGCCCGCAGCGCACUUUGAGCUACUCUCGGGGCAAUACCACACCCAUAGCUUCUGAAAUCUCGAAUCUGCCACAGGAUGGUGUAAUCAAGCUUGAGCUCAACGAAAACAGCCACGGGGCCAUGUGUGACAUAUCUAACAUUGCAACACCUGCAUCAUCAAAACAGUCUGGCAUGACACCGCGAGUAGAAGGCUUUCCGGAACAGCUGAUGGCAAUGAGAAAUCGGCCUUUAUCGCAACAGGCGGCAGCCGAAAACGUUGCAGACCUAGAAGUGCCACAGUUCGAUACACCGCCUCAGAUUGAGAAGGCUAUCAUCGAACAGCUUGAGGAUGAUCAGCACUCAGCCAGUCAAUCACACGUGUCGAUGGGUCGCGAUAUCUUGACCUCAGCGGAUCAAGUUCAUUAUAUGCAAGUCUUUGUUGAAGACGUUGCCGUGUGGAUGGAUUCCUUCAACAAAGACAAAUACUUUGCUAGAAGUAUCCCGUACCAUGCCUUGAAAUCAACCAUGCUUCUCAAUGCUCUCCUUGCGUGUGGGGCAAGGCAUGCUUCUAUCGCCACUCCAGAGAACCAUGAACAAGCUUUGUUCUACUACAAUACCGCGACGACUCAACUUCUCCGCAGUCUGCAGAAUCCUGAUCGAAAUACGGCUGAGUGCGCGACAACAGCCAUCGUCUUGAACGUAUAUGAGAUCAUGUCCGAGAAGCCGCCACAGCGGAUGAACCAUAUAGCAGGUUCUCGAGCGCUUGUACGAGAAUGUGGAUGGGAUGCAGAGAGUACUGGGAUUGGUUUGGCUUGUUUCUGGUUGAAUAUUGGUAUAGAAGUCCUCAAUUGCCUUGCGACGAAUUGGCAGACGACAUGGAAUCCUGACGAAUGGGGCAUGAAUUUCGCAACUCAUAACAACGGCCAAGAUGCCGAAAUAACAGAUGAACAAACUUGGGUGUACCGCGCUCUAUAUAUCGUUGCAAAGGUCACGAACUUUCGUGCUAGCGCGACUAAAUCUGACGACAUGAAUCCGUCAGAUGAGCAAAGCUGGAUAGGCAACCGCUUGUCGCAGUGGUAUGAGUUGAAACGGCUCUCUGAUAGUUGGAAUGCGCGCUGCCCAAGAAUCAUGCAACCGAUUGGGUAUAUCAAAGCAGCAAGGUCGGCAGGCAUGUCGAUGUUCCCUCGAAUCUGGAUGAUCCAACAAGAGGCGACAAUCGGCCAACUGCUUUUCCAUACUGGUCAGUGCAUUUUAUCACAGACUCAUCCUCUGGAAACACUCAGGUCGUCAGACAACCUGCGGCUCAUGCAGCUACGCCACGCCUACCAGGUAUGUGGAAUUGCAGCCCAUACAACAGACAGGGGGGUGACUACUGUUGCAAUUCGGUGCCUGGCAAUUGCAGCUGCCGUGCUUACCAAUGAACUUGAGCAAGCCGAAGCCCUCGACAUCCUGGAAAGGAUCAACAAGUUAAACGGCUGGCGGCUGGAUGUUGUUGCAAUGGGACUCAAGAGAAUAUGGGGCUGGGAUCUCAUGAAACUCCCUAUGGUGAGCCCGAAAACAGAGAAUAGCCAUGAGGCGGGAACCUCAACGGCCAGAAGAACCUCGACAGCUUCAUCGACACCGACAGUCAUGACUUCUGCGGGCACGAAGACACCAUUGAACCCACUCAGCUUCGCUGACUUCAAGUUACCUAACCACCCUUAUCAAAAUUGGUACGAGCCACCAAGUCGAUCAAGCUCCUUCGAUCCAUCAUCUUUAUAA